AUGCUGGAGAACCUAACCGUCCGACUCCCUUUGAUGGAUGCUAUCCAGAUGAUGCCCUCCAUGCGCAGCUUUAUGAAGGGAUUGAUCUCAGGAAAAAUAUCAAAGGAGAGUGAAUUCAUGACCGACUCUAAGGAAUGCAGCCCAGUGCUUCAGAACAGGCAGAUAAAGAAGCGAGGAGACCCUGGCAAGUUUGUCCUCUCUAUCCAGAUCGGGAAGACAGUUUUCUCAAGCUCGUUGGUUGAUCUGGGAUCUAGCGAGAACCUCAUGCCCUACUAUGUGGCACUACGUCUGGGAUACACGCAUUUCAAACCAACUAAGAUGUCCUUGGUGUUCGCGGAUAGAUCAAUUAAGUCCCCGGUUGUUAUUUUAGAGGAUCUCCAAGUAAAAGUCGGGAACACCUCUGUUCCAGUAGACUUCGUAGUUCUAGAGCUGGAAGAGGAAUCCAAAGAUCCUCUCAUCUUAGGAAGACCGUUCCUAUGUACUGUUGGAGCUAUCAUUGAUGUGCGGCAAGGGAAGAUUGAUCUCAAUCUGGGGGAUAUAGUCAUGCAGUUCGAGAUGGAUAAGCUGAUGAAGAAACCGAUGCUGGAUGGACAAACCUUCGAGGUGGAUGAAGGGAUUGAUCCGCUGCAACCUUGCGACGAGAUGAUCGAGGAGAUUCUUACAGAAGAUCCACUCGAGCUCGCACUAGUAAGAGCUGAGGCCGAGCGGAGUAUCGAGAACAUUGACGCAGACGGGUAUGCUAAGAUGCUUGACUCUGCAAGGAGUACGGGAAGAAUGGUGACGAGUCUAAGUCUGGGAGAAGAAAGCAACAAGGACGAGAACACUCCAACUGGAGCGACCCCUUUACCGAACUCGCCUGUUCCGCCGAACCUACCUGAUGAUCCCUGGAGCGAGUUGAAGGCUCCCAAGGUUGAGCUAAAACCCCUUCCCAAGGGGCUCAGGUACGCUUUCUUAGGUUCGGACUCCACUUACCAAGUCAUUGUGAACGCUGAACUUAAUAAUGUAGAAACUGCAUUGCUUUUGUGUGAGCUUAGGAAGUAUCGUAAGAUCCCUAUCCAUCCAGACGAUCAGGAGAAGACGACGUUCACAUGCCCACACGGAACGGUAUUCAAAAGGUGUGAGGAGAAACAUCUGGUGCUCAAUUGGGAGAAGUGCCACUUCAUGGUCACAGAUGGGAUUGUUCUAGGGCAUAAGAUCUCCGAGAAAGGCAUUGAGGUGGAUAAGGCAAAGAUCGAGGUGAUGAUGAGCUUGCAACCAACAACAACUGUGAAAGCUAUCAGAAGCUUCUUGGGGUAUGCAUGGUUUUACAGGAGGUUCAUCCAGGAUUUCUCAAAAAUAGCUAGACCACUCACCAGACUGCUCUGCAAGGAGAUCAAGUUUGAUUUCGACACCGAGUGUUUAGCUGCGUUCCAUACGAUCAAAGGAGCUCUAGUCAGCGCACCUGUUGUACAACCACCAGACUGGGAUCUCCCCUUUGAGAUCAUGACUGAUGCUAGCGACUUUGCAGUUGGAGCAGUCCUUGGGCAGCGCAAGGAUAAGAAACAUCAUGUGAUCUAUUACGCAAGCAAAACUAUGGAUGAAGCUCAAUGCAGAUACGCCACGACUGAGAAGGAACUCCUGGCUACUGUUUUUGCUUUCGAGAAGUUCAGAUCCUACCUGGUGGGAUCGAAGGUGAUUGUGCACAUAGACCAUGCUGCUCUUAAGUACUUGCUCACAAAGAAAGAUGCAAAACCGAGGCGGUGUGUUCCAGAGGCAGAUAUUCCAGGGAUUCUAUGUCAUUGCCAUGGUUCCUCUUACGCAGGGCACUUCGCCACAUUUAAAACGGUUUUCAAAAUCCUCCAAGAAGGUUUCUGGUGGCCAACUAUGUUCAGAGAUGCUCACACCUACAUAGCUAGAUGCGAUGCAUGCCAGCGACUUGGGAACAUCAGCAAAAGGAAUGAGAUGCCUCAGAAUUACAUUUUAGAAGUUGAGGUGUUCGACUGCUGGGGAGUAGAUUUCAUGGGACCAUUCCCUCCGUCCUUCAAAAACGAGUACAUCCUGGUCGCCGUUGACUAUGUCUCCAAGUGGGUAGAAGCAGUGGCGAGUCCCACUAAUGAUACAAAAAUUGUGACUAAGAUGUUCAGCUCCAUCAUCUUUCCGAGAUUUGGGGUGCCUCGAGUGGUCAUUAGCGAUGGCGGAACACACUUUAUCAACACGGCAUUUCAUGGCCUGUUGAAGAAAAAUGGGGUGAAACACAAGGUACCUACCGCUUAUCAUCCCCAGACGAGUGGAUAG